CCUGAGCAGACGACUCUCAGCCGCUUAGUACCAGCCGCCGCGACCCUCUGCCUCUUCGCGCUCCCGGUACCCGUCGGAAUCCGCCACGAUUCUCCCCAAGACGUGCUGCCCUGCACCCGCAGCCAUGUGCCGGACCCUGUCCGCCUUCCCCACUACCUGCCUGGAGAGAGCCAAAGAGUUCAAGACACGCCUGGGGAUCUUUCUUCACAAAUCUGACCUGGGCUCUGAUACUGGGAAUGUUGGCAAGCUGGAGUGGAACAGCAAACACAGCAAAGAGGGAAACUUCUCAGAAGAUGUGCUGGGAUGGAGAGAGUCCUUUGACUUGCUGCUGAGCAGUAAAAAUGGAGUGGCAGCCUUCCAUGCUUUCCUGAAGACGGAGUUCAGUGAGGAGAACCUGGAGUUCUGGCUGGCCUGCGAGGAGUUCAAGAAGAUCCGGUCCGCCACCAAGCUGGCCUCCAGGGCUCAUAGGAUCUUUGAGGAGUUCAUCUGCAGUGACGCCCCAAAAGAGGUGAACAUAGACCACGAGACCCGGGAGCUGACCAGGACGAACCUGCAGGCUGCCACGGCCACCUGCUUCGAUGUGGCUCAGGGGAAGACACGCACCCUGAUGGAGAAAGACUCCUACCCACGCUUCCUGAAGUCACCCGCUUACCGGGACCUGGCUGCCCAAGCCUCGGCCACCAGCAGCUGCCUGUCCAGCUGCAGCCCGGCAGAGCCCUUACACACCUGAGCCUCAUGGCAGUGAGGAGCCAGCCGGGAAGAGAGGUUCAGCCACCCAGCCCUGAGGCAGCUGCCCCUGUGUGGGAGGCAGGUUCUGCAAAGCAAGCAAGAGGACAGUGAAGGGAAAAGCUGUUUUGUUUUGGAAGCAACAGCCUCUCCUCCAGCGACUGUGGGACUGAAUUUCAUGCACGAGAGGGUCCCCCCCACUCCCAGGACUUGUGGAUAAGGGCCGAAGACUGCGGCUGUGUGGUGUUCUCUGGGAAAAAGAAUGGCGGUGCAAAAGUUGUCCUUGGCUCUUGUCAUUCCCAACAGGGCAAGAAAUAGUCUAGGUGUUUUGGGAAACCUGUGCAUAAAGGGAAACUGGAAAAUGAGAGGGAAGGCAGCCAUAUCAGUUGUUUUGCCUGUUGAACAGUUGACUGAUCAUAUCCUGUUUUCCUAAUUCCCAGACUGCCCCGGGCACAGGAGGGAGCCCUGGACGUGGACUCUCCCUAUUCUGUCCACCUCCCCUGCCUCUGAGCUACCCGGGGGCCCCGUAGCCUGUACUUCUUAACAUUCCUGUGUCCACCCUCACAGCCUUUUCAAGCCCAGGGAGCUGAGGUGAUACUUGGCCCAAGUGAGAUUUUUAUACCUCAAAACCUGGCCUCUGAGCCCCUUUCCACGUCAAUAGAGAGCCCUGAAGAGAAGCCAUCUUGCGCAUGCAAAAUUAAUCUUGGUGCUCUUGGUGACCUUGUUGGUGGCCCCCGACGCUGUGUUUGCAGCAGGGUCCGCCUGUGGACAGGGCCGGACAAAGGCCUCUGGCCGGGAUGUGCCCCCUCUCAGCUCGGUUCCACCCCUGCAUGUGGAGGCCCUCAGGAGCGAGGGGUGGGACCUCUCAUGCCCGGCGGUGUGAGAGAGGGAGAAAGGGUCACAAGAAACAGAUCUCGUGAGAGGUUCUGAAAGUCCUGUUUAAGUCAAGCCAAUAUUUUUUGUGUUUGUGAGUAUGAGAACAGGGAAAAAGAGACACUCCAGGAUGGAAGGGGAGCCCCGUGUUUCCUUCCGGUGGGCGUGACGCGCACUUUGUGGAAUGCUGGGGGAGCUGGGGCAGGGGCCACGAUGACCUCGGACAGACCGCAGAAGCUGGGAGUAGAGUUGGGGAGAGGGGCUUCUUGGAAGAGCAGGACUGGGGAAAAUCAGAACCUGCCUGUCACCUCAGGGCAUCCUUGAACAGACUUUCUGAGGUGGCACCCGUGCAGAGCCCAGGCUGGGGAGGUGAAUGAACCAGGCAGCCCUUUGCGUCCCAGGAAAAUCAACCCUGUUCUCGCUGCACUGUGAGCUGCUCCUCCAGGAGAAAACUAUUUAAGUUAUAAUGUAUUGUCGGUUUUGUGACGAUUGUCAUAGCAUAUUAUUUUUGUUACUGUCGGUGUUAUUGCUAUCGUUAUUUAUUGUAAUUUUCGUUGGCCUCGACCUGAGACUCUCAACAGGAGCUUGCGGCCCGUCUCCCUCUCGCCACCAAGCUCUACCUCUGAACAUGCUGGGAACCUCUUGGCGCCUGUCAGGACCUCCUCGCUGUUUAAAUAUUUAUUAUUUAUUGUGGACAACUGGAGCUGGUUUCCGAGAUGCAAGUGAUGUACCAACCCCCGUUUUUCCUGUUUCAGCAUGUUAUAUUCUUGUUAAAUAAAAAUAGAG